GACGGUGGUCGUUAUCAGCUUCGGCUUUCUCGGCAUAUCUCACAUGAUAUGGGCUUAAGGACUGAAUCGAACGGAGGUUUAAUUGGUCUGAACUGAAGGAAGAAUUUUGCGACCGAUGCGUCUUUGUGCUCUUGCUUGAUGCGUCGAUUUUUUUUGGUCAGGGCGAUGACGGGGAAAGGCGACCCAAUGAGCGUACAACCGACUGAUGUUGAGACAGAUCACCCUUGCGAAAGUACUUAAGCCCUGCACGUGUUAACACUUUUCCCUUCGGCAGUUAAGUAAUUAAGUUGAAGAAAAAUGUUUUAAAAAGUAAAAUAAUUGCCACCCGGAAAAGGGAAUGACUGGGUACUUCGUUCUCCAUGCAAGCUGGAGCUCUUGGUGGACGUGCAAGCGCAACUUAAGAAAGUCCACGUGCAAGCGCAAGGAAAGGAAACCAGAGCCCGCGAGUUGUAUGAAAAUUAAACAUCCGGAUCCGCUUCCAGCAGACUACAGCAGACGGCUUUGUUGACAUAAUUUGACAUUUGAAAGGGCACAAACAGUGACUGCGUAACAGUCAAAUAAUGCUGACCAUUUUCUCAGUAUUCAGCAUUUGAAACUUUCAGUAAUAUUCACUCAUUUUUCAUCAAGAGCACUUUACCAAGACAGUGAAUUCAGAUCUAGAGGAUAAUAACAUUGUUGACACUAUCCCCCGCCCCGGUCUGUUGAUUAUCUGGUUCAGUUCAGACUUCUCCUCUUUUUUAAUUGCUACCAUGUCAUCGCGAGGGCGCAACGAAACUGAGCAGCUACGCCAAAAUCUUCAAGGACAACUUGAUAGACUGGUUCAGCAGCUGGAAGACUUAGAGUCGUGCAAAAGCGAAUUAGAUGAAUCCGAAUAUACUGACACAAAAAAUGAUACGCUAGAGCAACUCAAGGAGCUCAACGAGAGCCUAUCGAAGAUGAUGUCUGGAGACAUGACACUUGUGGACCAUUUAAGCGCCAUGCAGCUGGCUACUCAAGCAGCCAUAAGUGCUGCUUUCCGAACCCCAGCUGUGAUUAGGAUGUUUGCCAGAAGAGAACCAGGGCUUCUUCGUGAAAGAUUGUCAGAUAUUGAACGGGAUAUUAAAUUGGGCAAAGGAGGUCUCUCAGCAGAAAAUGAGAAGGUGGAAGUUCUUAAUGCCCUGAGGCAGCUUGGAGAGAAACUUUCAGCUGCUGAGCUUAAACUUCUGAGUGAGCAUUCAUCACAAAGCAACUGCCAAAGGCUUAGCUUUGUUGAAGUCUCAGAUGCUGGUAUUGGUCAGGAUGCCUUGGAUAUGGCAGGUAAAGAGGCAAGGUCUGUUCAUGCAACAAAAUAGAUUUUUCUGCACACUUAAAAUUUUUAUGAGGUGGUCUUUUGUAAGAAAAUAAGAAUGAAUUAAAAUAGUGAUGGUGAAGUUUA